AUGACGCUGUUGCGCGGAAUUCGAUGUCAGACGUCUCCCGCUUACCCUGAAAUGCGAUACGGAAAGCCUGGAAAAGCCCUGAUAUUCGACUAUGCCAGUGGCGGAGGUGCUCUUCAUUCGUUGAGCUCAAGACUCAUGCCAUGGGAAUCUGACGCGCAAGCCUGCAGCUCUGUGAAAAUGGGUCGUGCCUUCGGCAGCUCGGAUGUCCCUUUUGGCUCUUUUUCGCUACUCUGGCCAGUAUUCCUAAUGCUCUGUCUAAGCCAUUUUGUUGAGACACUUUCCUGCGCUCUUCAGGGCCGUCCCGUGAUGACAGAGACUGGUAUGUCAAUAUUUGAACACUCUCUUGCUUUUGCAGAGGCAGAGUCCAUGAUCGGGAAGUCGAUCGGGCUUGGGUUAUUCGGGCUACCAAAACAAAGUCCUCUCGGCGAAGGAGGAUCUGGGGAAGGCUCAAGUUCCGCCUUGAAGCUUCUCACUAGGGCGCAGGUCCUAGAACGAAUGAACGUCACCCCAGAACUGCUACUCAUCGUCCUGCUCUCCUGUUGCAAUAGUCUUUCCUCACAUAUUCUUGAUGUUUUUGGAAAGCAGAGUCGGUAUCGCCUUUUCAACACGGCUCUAUGGGGUAUUGGCUUUAUGGCUGCUAUGUCAUGGGGCUUGGAGAGCGGCCCACCUGUGAGUACCGAGACGGGUGUUCUGAAAUUUCCAACGGUCUGCAUAGUUGGUUUCAUCCCCCACCUUCUGGUUCUACUCGGAAUUAUAAUUUGCCUUACGAUCUAUGGAUUGGCACUGGUUAUCACCGCCUUCUCGAUGCCCUUUGAAGAAAAUCAACCUGUUUCGCUUCGGGAACGAUUCAUGCUGGCUCAUGAAAACAUGCAAGGUUCCAACCAGAUUCGCAAUAUCCGUGUCAAUAGACAUGAAGACUUCUAUACGACUUUGCUUCGUAUUGGAUACGUUGCUCUGACAGCGGCCAGCGAGGCGGUAUUCUUGAAUGAAGGCAAGGCAGUCAUUGCGAGACAGAUGACUUGGCUGGAGAAGGACAGGCUUGCAGAAAUUGAAGCCUCUCGGCAGAGAAACUCGUCUUAUGGAAACUGGCCAAAUCAAUCUGAUACGCCUUCCUUCGAAGCCGUGGGCUAUGGUAGUUUCGACUUGCCUGAACAACUCGAAACAUGGGAGAGUGGAUACGGCCGAGAAAAGAAGAUUGAGAAGCCGAAGAAUGGUUCCAGGGCAGCGCGACCGCAAGCUGAACUUGGCGGGGUGGGUGCAGUUCGAGCAUCAGUCAGGUUAUGGCAUGGCCUGUCAUUCUUUCGCGCGAUAUUUUGGCUUAUUCUGCGGUGGACUGCGUUCGGAUUCAGUCGAGUCCUUGAUCGACUGGGAAUCAACUAUCGUCCACAGUGGCUGAAACGGCUGUCCAGAAAGCGCAAAGACAAAGCGGCACUCAAGAAAACUCUGCCAUCUGGAUCAGUUGACUUUUGGGUUCUCACUGAUGAUGGAGAACUCGAGUUACCUGAGGACUAUGAGUUUGAUGUCGAGCUAGAAAUGCGGAAGCGGGAACGUUCAGGCAGACUCGACUGGGAAGGCACUGAUGAACGGCGACUCGAUGACAAGCUAUACACCUGGUGGAAGAUCGGAGGAUCAUGGGGCAACCAAGAUCACACCGCUGACUACAACCCUCCUAUAGAGGAGGAUGAUGAUACCACGAGUGUUUUGUCCAUGUCCACCAAUGUCUCUGAAUCUGAAUGGGAAGAUUAUCCCUCAGAAGGUCGCCGCACGCCCACACAGUCCAACCCAUUCCCAGCCUUCUCCCGAGAAGGCUCGCCUCUUCAGGACUCAUUCAUGGAUAUCAGCAGCUUUGCUCGACUUCUUGAUCCCCAGGAUCGUGAAAGUCGAGAAGAAGCCCGUAUCCUUGCUGCGCACCUUAACCCGAGCCAAGACUUAGGUCGCAUCAUGACUCGAAGUCGAUACCAGCAGCAGGUUGAAAAAGACAGAUCCCGAGUUCUUCUAUCUUCUCGCCUCCACCAUCACGCCGCUACGCAGCUCAGCAACGAUAAACGCAAACCGUCGGCCGAGGAAGAGAGUGAGAUGCUUGAGCGACUUAUCCUUUCACGUCGGGCCGAAAUGUCUGCCAGCUCCGACCCCAACACGUGGGAAUCCGGAGCCACAGGCCUAGGUCCAAACGGACCUCCAUGUGUGGUUUGCCAAACAAACCCACGGUCGAUUAUCACCUGGCCGUGCCGUUGCCUGUGCAUCUGCGAGGACUGCCGUGUUAGCCUUGCUAUGAAUAAUUUCGGUAGUUGUGUGACCUGUCGGCAGGAUGUUGGCGGCUUCAUGCGAUUAUGGGUUCCAUGA